CUGUUGCCAAUGUGGUCGGAGCGCAUGCGCUUUGCGCUGUCCUAGAAGUUGCCCUCUGUCUACGCGAGUUAGAAGACCUUUCAGCUUUCCUCGAUGCUGGCGAUGGAGUGAAACGAUUUCAUGAUCUUUUUUGCUCCUAUUCCUUAAUAUAGUGGCAAUGGCGGGAGUCCUGAAAAAGACUACUGGGCUUGUGGGAUUAGCUGUAUAUAACAAUCCACAUGAACGCCUCAAGAUACUAUACACAAAAAUUCUGGGUAUUUUAGAGACUAUGCCUCAGGAUGCAGCAUACAGGAAAUAUACAGAGAAACUUACAAAUGAACGGUUUGAUAUAGUGAAAGCAGAACCUGAUGUGCGAAAGCUGGAAAACAAAUUAAACGCUGGACAGAUAGAAGAAGUGAUUCUGCAGGCUGAAAAUGAAUUUUCCUUAGCCAAGAAAAUGUUGAAAUACCGUCCUUGGGAACCUUUAGUUGAAGAACCUCCAGAAAACCAGUGGAAAUGGCCAGUGUAAUUAACAGUGUUUCAACCUUCAGAGGAAACAGAAUUAUUUCAUUAAAUGUAUGCUGGACAUGA